GGAAGGGGGGAGUAUAAAAACUAACAGAACACAAGUGGUGCUUUAUUCACCCGUCCCGCUCACGAAGAGGAAACCCUAAACUGCUGUCGUGCUACAGAUUUAGUUUCCUGUCUGUUUUUUUUUUUUCCUUCUUUCAUCCAUACAUCUUUACAACUGCCAGACGCGUGCGCUCGCAGAAGGAGAAUGGCAGCAUCCUUCACACCAGUAACAAACUCGCCCCGCAAAAUGUUGGCUGUUGCUUUGCUUCUCAUCUCACUGUUGGCAAACGAAGGAGUCACGGCUCAGGAAGAGGAUGCCGUCACAGGGCCUCCACCAACUGUGACAGCAGCAGAAUUUGUACGAGACAUGAUCCCAACCAUAGCUAAACCUCCUGAGGGAGAUCAUCCACAAGUCCUGGUUUUCCCCAGUGUGGGUGUUCUACGACAUACUGAACACACAACGGUUGCAACGAGUCCAGCGGCUGUAAAAGAGGCCAAGACCAGCACACUGGUAGCGACACAGAGUGCUGAUGGUGACGGAACUCAGGCUACAUCUCAGGGUCAAACUCAGAAACCAGUAGAACCUGAGACACCAGCAUAUCAGCCUGCCAGAGGUGAUGGUCCCAACAACAUACCAAAGCCGAUCCCACAGGAUGAUGUUGUGUGUGUCACCAAAGAGGCCAUUCAACACCAAAAUGCUAUCAGCCUGACACUCAAGAAGUCAUCCAACUGUGAAGACACCAGGUCGAAGAUAUCCAGUGUUGUACAGGAGUUGUGCGGGGAAGACUGUAAACUCGAGAUCUUCCAGGAGAAUGACUCCAAAGAAGUUCUUGUAUCUGGACCGUAUGUCAAAGAUGAUGUUAAAGGCAUGGCUGACGGGUUCAACAAUGACAACAUCAAACACAAGAUUGGCGUAGAAGAGGUGGUUCCUCACUGGGGGAAGAAUUCUAAGUUGGUGCUGGUUUCGCUGCUGCUGACUGGCCUGCUGCUGGCUGCACUGCUGGUAGCUGGAUAUUACUUCAAAACGCACCGCAAGAACUCCAAAGGAGUCAGACUGGCCGAGUCUUUCCAGGUGGACGAGGAAAACCAGGCCAACACCUUGGUGUCUGUGGCCCCUCUGCCCCAGGAGCCUCUCGAUAAACCCACCGUCAAUGGAGAAUCCCCGCCAGAAAACGGGACCCCCCUCACCACUAACGGACACUCUGCCACCCAGACUCCAGUAGCUGACACAGAGAUGUGAAUCAAUACACACCUCACCUCAAAUCCAGUGUCACCCACUGGGACACACUACCCAUAAGCUCCUCCUCUGCCUCAGAUUGUCCACACACUGACAAAUUCAGCAAGAAUUCCAAAGAGCUUCGCCUCCCCUCUUCCCCACGUCGCACUGCAGCUCUCCAGACGAUGACAGCAGCAUCCUCAUGGCUAUGAUGACAAUGUUCAACAAUGCCUUUAAUGUGAAAAAUCUGGGAUCACUGGCCUUUGCUGGUGUCAUUAAGAGCCUACAUACACUGUGUAGAGAGACUGAUCAUUAGCUGCCCCAACUUCAGCC